AUGGAUUAUGAAACGUUGGAUCAAUCAUUGACGGAUAUCGAGGCGAUAUUAGGAAUCGACGAAUUUUCGAAAAGCAAGCCAAUAACAACACAAAUCGAUGAAUUGAAUAGGAAACUGAAAGAUGAGUUGGGCGCCAAUUUAUUGUACUCAAUCGCCCCGCAAAAACUCGAGUCGCUUCAUAAAAUCGCGACGGAAACCUCGUGUCUCUCUGGAAAUUUGGCGGAAAAAGUGGAAUCGAUCAAAUUCUCGGAGAAUUUGAUAAAUCAUCGAAUCGAACUCGUCAAACAAUUUGAAGAGUGUUUGGGAAAUGCGCUGGAUUCUGCGAGUUUUUCGAGAGUCGCUGAACUUCAACCACAACUUGAUGAGGAGAUUCGAAUUUGUGAAGAGUUGCUGGAAAAGUGGAAAGGGUAGGAGAAAUCUUGUUUGAGAGGAGGAAAUCUUGAAUUAAAAAUCUGAAAUUUACAGAGAGCGUGAAGAAUUUGUGCAAUUUCGCGAAGAAUACUCUGAAAUUUUGCAAAAAAUCAGCCAACGACUUGUGGAUGUUGAGAAGAAGAUAACUUUUCAUAAAUUGAAGCGAGAAAAUGUAUAA